CGUAGGGGGCGGGGCUGGCCGGGGAUGGGCGGGGUUGGGCGGUGCACGUGACGGCGGCGUCACGCGGCGGCGGCGAUCCCGAGCGGAGCGGGCGCCCUUCUCGGAUGCGGGGUCCCCUCCUUGCGGCCGCCCGGGGAGCCAUGGGGGGCACGGGGGGUCCCCUGGCCCGCACCAUCCGUGCCAAGCUGACUGCGGCCCUCCAGCCCACCCACCUGGAGAUCCGGGACGACUCCCCCCGGCACGGGGGCCCCCCCGGAGCCGAGACCCACUUCGGGGUGCUGGUGGUGAGCGGGCGCUUCGCGGGGCUGCCGCCGCUGCAGCGGCACCGCCUGGUGCACGAGGCGCUGCGGGCCGAGCUGGCCGGGCCCCUGCACGCCCUGCAGCUCACCGCCCGCACCCCCGAGCAGUGGCACAGCGACCCCCAGAACCCCCCCGCGCCCCCCUGCCUGGGCGGCUCCAAGAGGGAGAAGCGCCGCGGGGCCGGGGAGGAGGAGGAGGAGGAGGCGGGGAAGCAGUGACGGCGCUGGGGGAGCGCCGGGGGCAGCUGGAGCCCCCCAGGAGCAACGGGACCCCCUCAAGAACUGUGUGGGACUCACAGGACCCCCCCCAAGAACAAUGUGGGGCUCCUGGGAGCCCCCCAGGAACAACGGGACACCCUCAAGAACUGUGUGGGACUCACGGGACCCCCCCCAGGAGCAGCGUGGGGGUCAUGGGAGCCCCCCAGGAAUCUUGUGGGGCUCCUGGAACCCCCCCCCCAAGAACAACGGGACACCCUCAAGAACAGCAUGGGGCUCAUGGGAACCCCCCCAAGAACAACGUGGGGCUCCUGGGACCCCCCCCAGGAGCAGCGUGGGGGUCAUGGGAGCCCCCCAGGAGCAACGGGACACCCGAAGAACAGCGUGGGGCUCCUGGGGGCCCCCCCCAGGAACCGUGUGGGGCUGCCAGGACCCCCCCAGGAACAACAGGACCUCCUCAAGAACCUUGUGGGGCUGCCAGGACCCCCCCCAGGAACCUUGUGGGGCUGCCAAGACCCCCCCAGGAUCAAUGUGGGGCUGCCAGGAGCCCCCCAAAAACAACAGGACCCCCCAGGAACAGCAUGGGGCUCACAGGACCCCCCCAGGAACCGUGUGGGGCUGCCAGGAGCCCCCCAGGAACAACAGGACCUCCUCAAGAACCUUGUGGGGCUGCCAGGACCCCCCCCCAGGAACAACGUGGGGCUGCCAGGAGCAACAUGGGGCUCAUGGGACCCCCCCAGGAGCAACGUGGGGCUCACAGGACCCCCCCCCAGGAUCAAUGUGGGGCUGCCAGGAGCCCCCCAAGAAUCACAGGACCCCCUCAGGAACCCUGUGCAGCUCAUGGGAACCCCCCCAGGAACAGCAUGGGGCUCACGGGACCCCCACCCUGGUGUUUGGGAGGGGACAAAAGUAAUGGGGGUGACCCCCCCACACGCCAUAGCACCCCCAAGCUGGACCCACCCCCUCCCUGCUCCCACCCUGCUGUGGAUUUUUGGGGUGUCCCUCCCGUUGCACCUGAAUUAAUUUAAAUAAAUGUUUUCUGUGGGCA